AUGACUCGAGUUAUGGCUAUUAAUUAUGACGUGAAGCCAUCGCCGCCGCCGAAGAUGUCCACUGAAUCCAAGCGUACGGCCAAUAGAGACACAAUACCGGAGCCGAAUUACACAAAACUGAGUGAAAAGAUCCGCAAAUCAACGAAUCAACAGCUCUUAUGUAAUAUGUUUUGCGGCGGAAGGAAAUGCAAAUACGAGUUGUCCAACACUUGGACUGAACAACAGAAAGCAUUGCCCGGAAUAUUUUCGCACUGAAACAAUAUAAAGUCCAUAAUCAACCUCCAGGAGCCGGGAGAGCACUCUUCCUGUGGCAGUGGGCUUAUGGACAGUGGUUUCUCAUACGAUCCCAUACUCUUCAUGGAGAAUAAAGGUCUAUAUAUUUGA